AUGAAAUCCUUCUUUGUGUUUGUGAUUGUACAGGCUGUUGCCCUGAGCGUAAACGCACAGUGUCUUCGCUCAUGUGGACCUAACUUGCUCGCUGCCCCCGUGGCGGCUCCUAUUGCUGCUCCUCUGGCCGGUCCCUUAGCCGCUGCACUGGCAGGACCUUGCGUUGGCCCUGCCGUAGCCCCAACGCUCUCAACUCUUACUGCUCUAGGGCCUAACGCAGUCGCAAACAGUCUUGCCGAUACCCUCUCCCUACUCACCGUUAGCAGCUUGCUGGCUGAGAAGUUACCUCUGGGGUACCCCGCGGUGGGACCAGUUGGCUGCGGCUGUGGUAAUCCAUUGGGCUACUCCUAUGUUGUUUAA